CUCAAUCUUUCUUAGUUAUCCAUUGCUCCUUUUUUCACUAUUCUUUCUGUUCGACCUUUGAUUUAAGCGUAUUUGUUCAACACUAACCUUUAUUCCGAGAGAGAUGGAGAGAUCAGAGUCAUCCGUUGAACAAAUUCAGCCUCCAACUUACGGAAACUUUGUGACCAUUCUCAGCAUCGAUGGUGGUGGCAUCAGGGGCAUCAUCCCCGCCACCAUUAUUCAUUUCCUUGAGUCUCAGCUUCAGGAGUUGGAUGGUCCAGAGGCAAGUCUUGCAGAUUAUUUUGAUGUGAUAUCGGGAACAAGCACGGGAGGUCUUGUAACAGCUAUGCUAACCGCUCCAGACAGCAACAAGCGACCACUUUUUGCUGCCAAAGACAUC